AAUCAUUUGUUGUUGUCUUGGCGUAUUUCAUGAUAUAUGGAUUCAUAACUGUUGCCAUCGUGUCCUGAGAGUAGAAUUUGCGUAGCUUAACCCAGCAUCUAGGAUCAGUAACCUCGAGAGCAAUCGACUUUACCUGCAUCAGUAUGGAUUCUCCCGAGAACACGGUACCGGCUUCGGUGGAUAUCUACGCCGUGUUAAGCAUUUUGCUGGUGGCAAUCAUGUGGGGCGCUACCAACCCUUUCAUCAAACGGGGUAGCAUCGGGUAUAACGAGCUAAAGGCAGACAGCAAACUGGGCCAACUUUGGUUGGAAGUACGAUUUCUUAUAACUCGUUGGCAGUACCUGCUUCCAUUGGUGAUCAAUCAGUUGGGCAGUAUCGUGUACGUAUUAACCCUGCAACGGACGGAACUGUCGCUCACCGUUCCAAUGGCGAACUCGUUAACGUUCGUUUUCACUGCCAUCACCGCUCGACUGCUGGGCGAACGACAAUCGGGCUGGAAAAUUUACUGUGGAAUGACUCUAGUCAUACUAGGGACCGUAAUCUGUGGACUUGAUAAAAUGUUGUGAUACGCUUGUUUAAAUCUAGUUGAAAUAUAAUUUAAAGCUAACAA